UGGGGGUCGGGGGAGGAGGAGGCAGUGGACACCUCCUGUGGGUUGGGGGGACGUUGGCUAAAACAGCUCUGAGGGUGCCGGAGGAUGGCACAGGGGGAGCGGGACGACCGCAGGUGAGACGUUCAGGCAGGCACCAGCCCCUGCGUGGCUGCGCCGAGCCCCCGGACGCCCAUUUCUGCUGCUGGGGUGGCAGCAAGGGCCAAAAAUAGCCCUCGAGGCAGCAUUCCCUGCCUCCCCUUCCCCGCCGCACCCCUGACGUCUGGAUCGGGGUGCCUCCUCCCACGUUUCCUCAGGAAGAAACCCAAGGCUGGCGGGAGGAAGAGGCCGCACCACAGGAGGGACGGGACGGGACAGACGGACACCGGCGCGGGACUGAGGAGCUGCCGGGACUUGGGCUGGGAUGGGGAGCGCCCGGCCCAUCCUCUGCCUCCAGCUGUGGCUGUGGGUGCAGAGCUCUGCCCAGGAGCUCGACCCCGAUGGCAGGAACGUCUGCAGGCUCCCCGCCGGCCCGGCGUGCUGCCCCGGCUGGAAGCAGGAAGGGCGGGAGUGCACGGCUGCUCUCUGCGAGGGGGAGGAUGCCUGCAGGGAGGACGAGGUGUGUGUGAGACCCGGGGUUUGCCUCUGCAAACCCGGCUUCUUCGGAGCAGACUGCAGUUCCCGCUGUCCCGAGCAGUACUGGGGUCCCGACUGCAAGCGGAGCUGCCCCUGCCACCCCAACGGGCGCUGCGACCCGGCGAGCGGCAGCUGCACCUGCGACCCCAACCACUGGGGAGGGCUCUGCCAGUUCCCCUGCCACUGCGGCCCCCACGGCCGCUGCGACCCCCUCACCGGCGCCUGCCACUGCGAGCCGGGCUGGUGGGCCCCCACCUGCAAGAAGCAAUGUCAGUGCAACCCCGCCGGCUCCCACUGCGACCCCCUCACCGGCCACUGCCGCUGCCUGCUGGGCUGGUGGGGCAGGAGGUGCAGCUUCAGAUGCUCCUGCAACCUCUCGCCCUGCGCCCAGGAGACGGGCAAGUGCGAAUGCAAGGCUGGGUUUUGGGGGCCGGCGUGCCAGCGGCACUGCGACUGCUUGCACGGCUCCUGCAGCCCCCUCAGUGGCCACUGCAGCUGCAGCCCCGGCUACCAGGGCAGGAGCUGCAGGGACCCCUGUCCGGCGGGGAAAUACGGGUCUCAGUGCGUGCACAGCUGCGGGAGCUGCAAGCGCAGCCAGCCCUGCUCGCCCGUGGACGGCUUCUGCCUGGCCUGCCAGCCCGGCUGGAACGGGACCCUCUGCAAGGAGCCCUGCGCGCCCGGCUUCUACGGCGAGGACUGCCUCCAGCCCUGUCCCCGCUGCCGGCGUGGGGAGAUCUGCGACCCAGAGACCGGGUCCUGCCCGCACUGUGAGCCCGGUUGGACGGGACCCAGCUGCAACAGCUCCUGCCCCGCGGGCACCUUCGGCGAUGGGUGCCGGUUCCUCUGCCCCGAGUGCGUUGCGGGGAGCUGCAACCCCGUGUCAGGAGCUUGCAUCUGCCAGGCCGGCUACUGGGGAGACAGCUGCAACGACACCUGUCUGGAGGGAUAUUUUGGAGUGAACUGUUCCUCGCUCUGCCAGUGCUCCCGGGGGACCUGCCACCCCGUGCGGGGUGACUGUGUGUUGAGUCUUAAAGACCACGGAGCCCUCGCAGCCGCCAUCCUCGUUCCUCUCCUGCUGCUGCUGCUCUGCGUCGCCUGCUGUUGCUGCGGAGCCGGCCCAGCAGAUGCUAGAGACAGGGCGGCCGUGCCAGAUGAUGAUGUGGUGGCCAGGAUGAAGCACCACGUGCGGGGGGUGCUGGCGAACCUCAGCGCUAUGAUGCCUUGCUUUUCCCUGGGUGGCUACAAACUUCCCAAAGUCACAGUUUCCCACCACGACACGGAAAUCCCCUUCAACCCCAGCUUCAUCGAGCCGCCAUCGGCUGCGUGGGUUUCAGACAGCUCCUUCUCCUCCUCCUUCGACACCGACAACGAGGGACCCGAGUACUCCGUCCCUCCCAGAGAAGGCAUCCCGCUGCUGGGGGGGGCUGAACUGCAGGAUGGUGCAUCCCCCCCUGCUGAGGUGCUCCCAGACCCAUCUGCCUUCGACUCUGAGGACGUCUCGCAGCCCUUCACCAUCCCUCGCACCUCCAGCAUCGCCAAGGCCAAGCGUCCCUCUGUGUCCUUUGCCGAGGGGACAAAAUUUGGGGCGGUGGAGACCCCCAGCCCUGGGCGGAAGCCCAAGACCCCAUGGGGCCCAUCCAAGCUGUCCCCGCCGCCGGGGGAUGCGGCAGCUGAGCCCCCCACUGAACGACCAGCCAGCGAUUGCUACGAGAGCCCCGAGCCCCUCGGCAAGGCGGAGGAAAGCCACCGGCCAUCACCCCGGGCCACCCCGGGGGGACGCCGGCGGGUGGUCUCCGGCACCAGGCACGUGGCCCAGAGAGUGGAGGCGCUUGAAGCGGCUGCAAAAUCCGGCAGCUGGGAGGCGAAGGGGAAGGACCCCAACGUCACCACCAUCUACAUGAUGGUGGGAACGGCUGGGCAGGACCCCAAGGCGGAGGGGGGCGGCGAGGGACCGGUCCAGGCCGUGCUCAAGCGUCUGGGCAGCUUGCAGAAGGGCAAGUGGAGUGCAAAGGAGGAGCCCAAGGUGAGGAGGAGCAUCGAGGCCAUCCAGAAACCACCCCGCCGGGCCCUGGCGCAGGGCAGAGACUCGGUGAAUAGCUGCAAGCAGAGGGAGAGUGUCCCGGGGCCUCCCGCCGAGCCAUCCCCUGGCAAGCACCAGCAUCUCCCCGGGAAGAGACGAUCCUUCCUUUUUGCAUCCCCCUCGCUGAAAAGCACCGGGGCACAGGAUGGGGCCGUCGAUGCUGCAGGUGCCACGGAGAAGGGCAAAAGCCCAGAGUUAGUCCUCAGCCUCGAAACGAAGGGACAGGCUCUCCCAGAGGAAGAGCCGAAAUACGAGAACGUGACCAACAGCAGUGCCGAUUUGCCCCCUGGCUCUGCUGAGGAGCCACCGGCCACCCCUGCAGCCACCUGAGCCACCGCAGCCUGGGCUGGGGCAGCGGGAGCCCAGGAGGCCCCUCCGACCCCAGCGUGGGGGGAGCCAAGGUCCCCUUCUGAGCUGUGAGCUGGACACGCAUCAAGCCUUCCCGUUCACCCCCUUCCCUCCACGCCGUGUUGCUGGCAUGGACCCUGGCUGGCUGUCACAGCCGGCAGGAUGGGUGACGCUGAGAGCCACCGCGGUGGCAGCCCCACAGAGUUGCGGUGCCUCAGGGCUGUUUUCAGCCCCCCUCUGACCUGCGCAUCCCAUUUUGCGUCUGCCACAGUCUGGAGGGACAGCGAUGCUACGGACGAAGCAGUGGCACCUUCUAAUGGACGAAGUGGUGGCACCUUCUAGUCCCCGUCGGCACUGGGCUUGGGGACACACAUCCUCCUUGUAAAUGGAAGCGGGGCUGCUGGAUGCGCAGGAAAAAAAAACAAAACCAAAACAGUUUCACGCCAUCAGCUUUCACCUUCCCCUGUCCCAGCUCCAGUAAUGCUGCUCGGAGCCUCUUGCUGUAAAGGUGCUUCUUGCAGAAGGGGAUUAUUUUGUGGAGCUGGGCUGGGGAGAGAUGAUGGGCUGUCCCGAGUAGCUUCAGCGAAAAUUAAUUUUAGCUGCUUAUCUCGAAGGGUAUCUAGGUCUGCAGGGGUUUAUCUGUGUGGCUCUGGCUGCCUUCGUUUCUAUGUACGUGCGUAGCACAUGAGAAAGCUCAUGGCACGGCACGGGGUUUAUCGACGGCCUUUUAAACUCCACGCGAUACCAGGCUGCAAUUGUGCAAGAGGCUGAACGUGGCAGCUGGGCUGUGACCGUCAACCUGUGCACCCGGCGCUGCGCUGGCCCUGAUAAGGACCAAAGUUAGACAGAAAAUGGGAUUUCCGCGGAUAGCCGAAGCUCCUGCGCCUCAUUCCUGCUGUGGCAAUGCGUGGCUACGGGUGGCUGAGAUGCACUGAAGAUGCUGCAGCAUCGCCAGCGCAGCCGGAGGAGCGCGGGCGAGACAGGAAUGAGUUCUUUUGCCGCCCGUGCAAGGGAGUCAAGGCGCCAAAGAGGAUUUGCAGCAUGAGCUGGUUUUUUCUAUGUAUCUAAGUGGUAGAAGUUUCGUGUA